GGAGGGAGGGCGGGGAAAAGGGGCCUCGCCGCGGGAGGAGCCGCUCGGUGUCGGCAACAUGGCAGCGUCCAGCCGUGCCCAGGUGCUGCGGCUGUACCGCGCCCUGCUGCGGGAGAGCCAGCGCUUCAGCGGCUACAACUACAGAACAUACGCCAUCAGAAGGAUAAGAGAUGCCUUUAGAGAAAACAAGAACAUUGCGGAUUCUGAAAAAAUAGAAGAACUACUGAAUAAAGCCAAAGCAAACCUCGAGAUUAUUCAACGGCAGAUGGUCUUUCAAGUCUAAAGAAUUUACUGUUUUCUUCAUUCUCAAGGGCAGUCUGCAAAAACCUCCAUUUGCCUUAUUUGCUCCAAGAAUCUGGUUUCAUGGCUGCUUCAUAUUUGCCCAUCUUAUUAUCUUCAUGCUUCUUGGUCGUCACUAAAACUUUUCAAUUUUUCCAGUUUCAAAGGUGACACUUGCUUUCUUAUUUUAAAAUUGCUUGUCAGAAUGAAGCUGUUUAUACAGUCCACCAACAUUAACUGGCAUUUUACAAAACUCUGAAAAAAACAGUUACUUAGAAAAGAAACAACCCUCUUCAUGUUCUUUGUGUCUAGUAUGUUUGCAUAUAUUGUAAUCUUCUGGGCAUCCACUGAAUACCUCUGUGGGUUAUCACAGCACCAGACAUGGUCUCUGUCACUAAUACCAUUUGACUGCAUUUGCAACCAAGUAAAAAUUCACAGUGACCUUCUUUUAUUUUGACAAUAAAUAUAUAUGUGGCCUUCACAUAAAAGCUCUUUCAAGCAA